AGUUCUUGUCUUUUAUCUUAGCACCUCAUUAUUUUGCCACACUUUAGAUUAUCAUAAAAAACAUAGAUAGAUAGAGAGAGGUUAUGGCUAGUUGUAACAUGGCAUUAGCAGCUUCAAGGUUUGUGUUGUCACCUAAUAAUGUUUCAACCAACACAAACACCAACUCAUUAGCAUCAAGAAUCAAUAUGGUAAUGUACCCUACAACAAAGAACACCAAUUCUAGACUUGUUUUGAGGGCAGCUGAGGAGGGUGGCGCAACACCAACUGAAACAGCCACACCACCUGUUGAAGGUGAGGCAGCUCCAAAACCCAAGCCACCAACCAUUGGCCCCAAAAGAGGUGCUAAGGUUAAGAUUCUUAGAGAAGAAUCCUACUGGUUCAAUAACAUUGGUUCAGUUGUUGCUGUUGAUCAGGAUCCAAAGACGCGCUACCCAGUUGUGGUUCGAUUCAACAAAGUUAACUAUGCCAAUGUAUCUACAAACAACUAUGCUUUGAAUGAGAUUGAAGAAAUCAAAUGAGUAAUCUAUUUUAAUUUUACAAA